GAGCAGUUGCGCGCACACGGUGAAGGUUUGGAAAGAGUUUAUUUUAACAAAAAAUUAGUAUAAAAUUGCCACUCGAGCAGAUUUGCUCGAACGGGCGGUUUGAUGUAAAUGUCAAACUUCAACGCAUUAUCUGUAUAUACCUUGGUGGCACAGUGAGCAUAUGUUUUUAUUUCGAUUUUAAACAAAUUCCAUUUUAUUGAUCGAUACAAUUAAGCAAAAAAAGUGUUUAAAAUGAGCAAUUAUCAUAUUAUUGCAAUAGUGUAUGCAUUCCUCAAGAAAGCAUGAAAUUGUCCGCAUGAUCGAGCGAUCGAAUGCUGUCUGAUGAUGUGUUUACAAACACCUCUCUCAACUGACAGCAUUCUGGAAAGAACAAUUUUACAGCCAAUUUUCUUAUCAAUAGCCAGCACCAACAAAAAAUAUACGUUCUUGAACCUGCGCGCCACAUUCCUUCGCCAGUUAUCAAUUUCAUCGCCCGUGAAGCUGCUGCGUUUGAUUGGUGUCCCUCGUAAAAUCUAGCUAACACAAUGGUGCGUGCCUGGUUUAUGGACAAUGAGCCGACCGAUCAGCGUCUGGAGCACCAGCUCGAUCCGCCCAAGUUCCUGACGCUUGACGAGCUGUUCAAAAGCACCGGGGUGGAAUAUUUUAAGAUUAACAUUCCAACGUACGAUACGGACGGGGUGCUGGGGAAGAUCCGCAACGAUCGGGGCUACUCCUACGAGGACGAAAUCACCUGCUCCGAGGCGUGCUUGCCCGAUUACGCCAACAAGCUGAAGUCGUUCUUCACCGAGCAUCUGCACACGGACGAGGAGAUCCGGCUGGUGCUGGACGGUUCCGGUUACUUUGACGUGCGCAAUGGUCCGGAUGAUGCAUGGGUACGGAUCGAGGUCGUUGCCGGCGAUUUGAUCAUUAUUCCCAGUGGAAUCUAUCAUCGCUUCACGCUGGACAUGAAGAACUACAUCAAAGCCAAGCGUUACUUUGUUGGUGAACCGGUCUGGCUGCCGUACAACCGCCCAGCAGACGAGAUGGACUGUCGCAAGGAGUAUUUGAAGCGGUUGGAAGCUGGCUUCGCCGCCUAAUGCGUACCUGUGCGUUUUUAUGAUGCGAUCUGAUUUUGUUAACCACCCUCUUCUUCCAUAAAUCCAAGUGCAUUCAAUGCAAUAAGUUGUUUAAUAAAUGUUAUACCAUUCCCCGCAACACUGUUGCAUUCGGACGUACCAGCACCAUUGAAA